UCGGCCUCGUUUCCAGCGUCCGUUCGUUUAAAGCCCUCUGCCGUGGCCUCCACCCGCCUCCGUCGUCUCCGCCUUUCCUUUGGGAACCUGCUCCCCUCAUCCCUCUCCCUCCAUCGCUCGCUGUUCUUCCCAUUCCCCCUCCAGCUCAGGUUCUCCAAAGAGGCUUCUCUUGCUCUCCGUCCACAUGCUCGCCAGAUCCGUCGCCGCCUUUGCGCUUGCCGCCGCCUGGGGCUCACUCCAGGCCAAUGCCCAGACCAGCCCCCAGUGUGUUUCUCUCGCAACCGCCGAUCCAUGCAAGGAGUUUGCGGCCGACUCGGUUGUCGUCCCCAACGCCAUGGGCUACACCGACCUCAGCAGCUUCAACAGUCUCACAUCCAACUGGCUUGCAAAUGCCCCGGUUCGCUACCAGUGCCCAACCUUCAACUACCACAUCGUUCCUUAUUUCACCUCGGUUCGCUGUGGCCUCGAGGUCGACCGUGCCACUCAGACGACCUCCACCACCAUCAAGUGCAACGGCAAUGCUGCCCCUGCUCAGAUUUGCGCUUCAUCUGUCAAGGCCAUGAUUGCUGGCAUCAAUCAGGCCUUUGCUGCCUGCCCUGCCUGGCCCGACAGCAGCACCAAUCUGCGUACCCAAGACAUGAAUGAGUAUCAGACCUUGUUGGGCGAUGUCACCGAUAGCCCCGGAUGCAUCUCGGCUAUCUCCUACGAACAAUACUGCGGCUACUUCUACCUUACCGAUGCCCAGGCCUACUGCGCCCAGACCACCACCGAUCCCUGCUGCAAGGCUGCGAACAUGGGCGGCAACAAUGCCACCUCCGCCGCCGCCGCUGCCACAUCAGCGACCCCCAAGAUCUCGGUUGCUGCCGCCACCACCUCAAAGCCCAGCGCUGUGUCCACUUCGGCCGCGACCGACUCGUCCAGCUCCAGCUCCAGCACCAGUCUGUUCUCUAGCCCGGCCGUCAUUGGCGGCAUCGCUGGUGGUGGUGCCCUUCUUCUUGGUGGCAUCGUUGCCGCCGUGAUCGUUAUGCGCCGCAGAAAGGCCAACCAGCAGGAUAGCUAUGACGACUACAACGGCGGCAACAGCUAUGACAACCGCCAGACCUUUGCCUACGGUGACGCCAACAACGCUGCUCCCCAGACCAUGUACGGAGGCAACGACAAGUCCAUGUACGGUGGCCCGCAGACCAUGUACGACGGACCCCAGACCAUGUAUGGCGGCAACGAUCAAUCUAUGUAUGGCGGCCCGCAGACCAUGUAUGGUGGAAACGACAAGUCUAUGUACGGCGGCCCGCAGACCAUGUACGACGGUCCUGAUGCCGGCCAGGUCUCGGAGACCAUGGAGGUUAUCUACAAUUACACCGCCAACCUGUCCGACGAGAUCCAACUGAACAUUGGCGAUACCAUCAUUGUCAAGUGCAAGUUCGAUGACGGCUGGGCCUUUGGAUUCAACGUCAGCACCAGUCAGGAGGGCUCGUUCCCGCUGGCCUGCGUCGAUGUUCCCAACGGCGGCAGCGGUGCCCCGCGAAAGAACGAGGGAAUCCGCCAGCGUGCCUCGUCGCUGUACAUGCCCGCCAACUAGAUUAGACAGCUUCCCACAGUCCCUUCUUGCGCCCUGGCCACCAUCACCGACCCCUCUCGUUCCCUGUUCGAGAUCCCUCCACGACCGCUCACGACCACUCACGACCACGACCACGACCACGACCACGACCACGACCACGACCACGACCAUGACCACGAUCCCGUCACCGGACUGUCUGUGAUCCCAAUCUUUGCCGAGCAAAUGUGCACUUUAUUCCACGUCCA